UUAAAAUAAAGCUGUUUGUUUGGAACAUCUGAGCACUGCUUCUUGAGGGACUACAGAGAUGAAUGGCUUGGGAGCCCGACUGGGAAGGCAUACACUCACUCUCCUCCUGCUACUGCUUUUCCAAAUUCAGAUCCUCUGUCUCAACGUUGACAGUCGCCCUCCUCCUGAUGUCUGCUCCACGCACACAGUUUUACCUGGACCAAAAGGGGACGAUGGUGAGAAAGGAGAAAAGGGAGAAGAGGGAAAGCAUGGAAAAGUGGGUCCCAUGGGGCCAAAAGGAAUGAAAGGAGAACUGGGUGAAGUAGGAGAACAAGGCAUCCUUGGCAAAAUUGGACCAAUUGGUGGAAAGGGUGACCAAGGGCAGAAAGGCUUGCCUGGUGCCUCAGGGGGAAAGGGCAGAGCAGGUACUGUCUGUGAUUGUGGAAGAUAUCGUAAGGUUGUUGGACAGCUGGAUAUCAGUGUUGCGCGACUGAAGACAUCCAUGAAAUUUGUUAAAAAUGUCAUAGCUGGGAUUAAGGAAACAGAUGAAAAAUUCUAUUACAUUGUUCAAGAGGAGAAGAGCUACAGGGAGUCCCUGACCCAUUGCCGAAUCCGUGGAGGGAUGCUAGCUAUGCCCAAGGAUGAGAGGGCCAAUCAAGUGAUUGCUAAGUACGUCUCAGACAGCGGUUUCUUCAGGGUGUUCAUUGGGGUGAAUGAUCUAGAGCGGGAAGGGCAGUAUGUGUUUACAGACAACACUCCGCUGCAGAACUACAGCAACUGGAAGGAGGGUGAGCCCAAUGACCCCAAUGGCCAUGAGGACUGUGUGGAGAUGUUGAGUUCUGGCCACUGGAAUGACACAGAGUGCCACCUCACCAUGUAUUUUGUCUGUGAAUUUGCAAAAAAGAAGUGAUCCUCUGAUGCCACUUCCUCACGGUUGUGAUUAUGACUAAACAUUUUUAAUAACCUUUUUCCUCUAUAUAGUUUGAUCUCCCAAUUGUAAGCAAUGUCAAGUGUGAUAUGCAGAAAUCAAAUUGCAUAUUAUACAAACUGAAGUCUGGGAUAUUCUCCAAUGCUUAAAAAAUUGUCAUUAAAUAAAAACAUUCACCAGGUAACAUGGGUAUCUGGGGUGGGGGGGUGAAGGGAGGAAGGAGGGCUCCUGCAAAUCUACAAAUUUUAGGUUAGAAUUCCUCUUGGAAUUUUCUCUCGUUUUCUCCAUAUCCUUCCAGGGGUUUUAGAGGAGUCUCAUGGGAAAUUGAGCAAAUGCUGAAUGAACUUCCAAGUAUUCAUUAACUCACCCUGGCUCUACCAAAGUUCAGGCUCUCGUCACCUCUCACUUAGACUGUUGCAAUAGCUUCCUAAUUGGUCUCUCUUCUUUCACUCUUUUCUCUCCAAUCCAUUCUCCAAAUAGGGGACAAAUUGAUAUUUUUUUGUUAUUUUACUUUGAAGGCCCUGUUAUCACUAGGAUAAAGUCCAAAAUUCUCAGACCAUCAUUAAAGACCCUCUACAAAUCAUUCCUCUUUCCUAUCACUUCCCUUCACUCUCUCUUCAUUGCAGUCAAAAUAGCUUAAUAUCACAUUAUAUCUCUAGUCUUUCUGGCUUUGCAAUUCAGUCUCCUGGUCUGGAAUGAAUCCUCUCCUCACCUCUGACUCAUUACAUUCAUAGUUUCCUUAAAGCUAAGCUCAAAUGCCAUGUUUUACACAAAUUCUUUAUCCCUUGUAAUGACUUGUUAGCCAAUCAAUGAACAUUUAUUAAAUGCUUAUUCUA